AUGAUAAAAUAAAUAAGCAUUCUUAUGUUAACAAGUUUAUUGUUGAUAUCUUUGCAUUUAAAAGCUUAAGAUUAAGAUAAUAUUUCAAAUUUAUAAUUGUUAUAUGAGAAUUGGAAGUUUGAAUUCGGAAUGAAAUUUUUAGUUGAAGAGAACUAAUACAGAUUUGAAAUUUUUCAAACAAAUUUAUAGAAAAUCAAUUAACACAAUUAAAAUGAGAGUUAGACUUAUAAAAUGGGACUAAACUAAUUUAUGCAUCUUACUGAGGAAUAAUUUUAAUGUUUGUAUCUGAUGAAACAAGAAGUUUAUGAUAUCAGAUAAUCACCAGAAAUUACUUAAUUAAGAAAUUCAAGAUUGAAUGCUUCAAUUGAUUAUAGAAAUUACACAGUAGUUAAAGAUUAAGGAUAAUGUAAUUCAGGUUGGGCAUUUUCUGUAACAGGUACAAUGGAAGUUUAUUAGAGGAUAUAUUAAAAUAAGAAUGUAUCUCUAUCUGAAUAGCAUUUGAUUGAUUGUGAUUAGUUAUCUAGAGGAUGUACGGAUGGUUCAAAUAUAAAUGGAUAUAAAUUUGCCAUAUCUAAUGGAGUUGCAACUUCUACAGAGUAUCCAUAUGUAGGAUAUAAUUAAACCUGUAAAAGAUUAAAUGGCACCUAUCAUCCUAUCAGGUAUUCAUCAGCUGUGGGAGAAUACAGUAUGAAAUAAGCAUUGAAUAGUCAUCCAGUUUCAGCAGGUUUAGAUGCUUAAAAUUGGUAGUUUUAUAAAUCUGGAAUAUUUUCUAAUUGUGGAAUUACUUUGAAUCAUUAUGCUGUUGUUGUAGGAUAUGAAGAAACAGGAGAUUGGAUAGUUAAAAAUUCAUGGGGAUAAACUUGGGGGGAAAAUGGAUUUAUUCGUAUCAAAUCUGGAAAUACAUGUGCUAUAGUCACCUAUUCUUAUUAGGAUAAAUAUUAGUGAAUUUUUAAGAGCAAAACUAUUAAUGUGAUUUAUUAUAUAGAUUAUUUUAAUAAAA